AGGUGAAUAUUUUCAUUGUAAGCAGGUGUUACGCAUCUCUUGAGGAACAUAAUUCAAUUUCGGCUUAAUACCAAAACGGAUUAUUCACACAGUUUAAUGACCUAAAGCUGUUUAAAAAGAAAUCAUACUCAGAUUUAAGUCAGUGCCACGUCAGGACUGGAUUGUUGUUUACUUCUACCGAUGUGAUAGUUGUUUCCAGAAGCAAGCUUAAAGAGGUUACACACAUGUAUGGAAUACCUGACCGAAAUGGGGUGUCAAAGUAUAGUUGUUAUUUGUGUGUUUGUAACAAUCACAUCUUUAUAUACAGUGGAAGCAGGAUAUCGUGGACGUUCAAGAUGUUACAGACAGUCCGCAGUAAGCUUGGACUCGCCCACAAACCAUACCAUACCCGGUAUUUGUAAGAAGGGUAGUAUGACCUGGCACUAUCCAACAGGAAAUAUGAUCAUCCACUUCCAGCCCCGGAACCCCCAUAACAGAACUAUGUGGGUCUGUGUACAAGAGAGAGCUACGGAUGGAAUGUUCAUUUUCGACAUAACGAGAAACACCGAAAGAGGACUUCCAAGCAAUGGUGAACCACAUUUUGCAGUUUGCGUGCCAGCAGUUGACGGCCGAGUAGACCUAAAGUGGGUCGCCCCACAGGAACUUCACUAUAUGGCCAGUUUGCUGUAUACAGUGGUUAAGAUCCCACGUUAACAGCAAUGUCUACAGACAAAAUUGAUCUUAAAUCAUUCCUGAUGUCAUAUAAUGAUGUUGUAUUAAACAUUUGUCAUAGCA